AUGGACGAACAAGCCCGGAUCAUGCAGGCUCUCGGCGGUGUCAGCUUGGCUGGCCACUCGAUACAAGGAGGCAUGGCACUGCCGCCUCCACAUGGACACGAUGGGAUAGAUGAUGGGAGAAAACAAGAUAUCGGUGACAUUCUGCAUCAAAUAAUGACCAUUACUGACCAAAGUCUGGACGAGGCGCAAGCAAAGAAACAUGGACUGAACUGCCACAGAAUGAAACCUGCACUCUUCAGCGUCCUCUGCGAGAUCAAAGAGAAAACAGGCCUCAGCAUCCGUGGUGCACAGGAGGAGGACCCUCCCGACCCCCAGCUCAUGCGUCUGGACAACAUGCUGCUGGCGGAGGGUGUGUCAGGACCAGAGAAAGGGGGUGGAUCCGCCGCUGCCGCCGCUGCAGCCGCAGCUUCGGGAGGGGCCUCAGACAACUCCAUCGAACACUCAGACUACAGAGCCAAACUCACCCAGAUCAGACAGAUCUACCACACAGAGCUGGAGAAAUACGAACAGGCGUGUAACGAGUUCACCACCCAUGUGAUGAACCUGCUGAGGGAGCAGUCCCGCACGCGACCCAUCUCUCCCAAAGAGAUAGAACGCAUGGUGGGCAUCAUCCACCGCAAGUUCAGCUCCAUCCAGAUGCAGCUCAAGCAGAGCACCUGUGAGGCCGUCAUGAUCCUGCGCUCCAGAUUCCUUGAUGCCAGGCGGAAAAGGAGAAACUUCAGCAAGCAGGCGACGGAAAUCUUGAACGAGUAUUUCUACUCGCACCUCAGCAACCCAUAUCCCAGUGAAGAAGCCAAAGAGGAGUUGGCCAAAAAGUGCAGCAUUACAGUAUCCCAGGUAUCCAACUGGUUCGGCAACAAGAGAAUCCGGUACAAGAAGAACAUAGGCAAGUUCCAGGAAGAAGCUAACCUGUACGCUGCUAAGACUGCAGUAACAGCAGCGCAUGCAGUGGCCGCCGCAGUGCAGAACAGCCAGACCAACUCCCCUACCACACCCAACUCCGGUUCUUCAGGUUCUUUUAACCUCCCAAACUCUGGGGACAUGUUCUUGAGCAUGCAGUCUCUGAAUGGGGAUUCUUACCAAGGGGCACAAGUCGGAGCCAAUGUGCAGUCACAGGUGGAUACCCUGCGCCAUGUUAUCAGUCAGACGGCAGGAUACAGUGAAGCUCUAGGGGGGAACACUAUGUACAGUCCACACGGCUUGAAUGCUAAUGGGGGAUGGCACGAUACAACUACUCCAUCUGCUGUAAUCUCCCCAACAGAAGGACCUGGAAGUGUGCACUCUGAUACCUCAAAUUGA